CUCGCAAACAACACCAACACCCUCUUGUUGCAGUUACCACCAUGGCUGCUGCGACAAACCGCUUUAGAGCUCUUUGCUCCUCAAAGGCUGCGGUCCCUCAAUCAGGGAGCGUUCCCUACCUCAGCUAUCGUGGUUACGCAACUACUGAUCCCUCUUCCGCCACCGGCGGAGCUUCGACAGCAACUACGAGGAAACGGACAACAUUCACGGACAAGCUCAAUGCCGGUCCCUCGUUUACAGACUUUGUUGGUGGCGGAAGCGACAAUGCCCCCCUCGAUCCCUCUGAAGCGUACGCCCUCAAAACCGCUCUCGUCGGACCAGCCGGGCGCAAGAAGGAAAUGACCCGGUUACCAUCAUGGCUGAAAACACCGAUUCCCGAUUCAAAGAACUACCAGCGCCUUAAGAAAGAUCUCCGAGGUCUCAAUCUACACACUGUGUGUGAGGAGGCGCGAUGCCCGAAUAUCUCCGACUGCUGGGGCGGCGGCGACAAGUCCUCCGCUACUGCGACAAUCAUGCUUAUGGGUGAUACGUGCACGCGAGGUUGCCGGUUCUGCAGUGUGAAGACUUCCCGUGCCCCGCCACCGCUUGACCCUCACGAGCCGGAAAAUACAUCGGAGGCUAUUUCUAGAUGGGGAUUGGGGUAUGUCGUCUUGACAGCUGUCGACCGCGAUGACCUUGUCGAUGGUGGUGCUCGCCACUUUGCUGAGACGGUGAUCAAGAUCAAACAAAAGGCACCCAACAUCUUGGUGGAGUGCUUGACUGGUGACUAUCGUGGGGAUACGGAGAUGGUUGCCAUCACGGCUCGGUCUGGCUUGGAUGUGUACGCCCACAACGUUGAGACUGUUGAACCCUUGACACCAUUUGUCCGUGAUCGCCGAGCCACGUUCCAGCAAUCAAUUCGUGUCUUGGAUGCCGCGAAGAAGGCCAAGCCAUCACUCAUCACGAAAACGUCGCUCAUGCUGGGCCUUGGAGAGACAGAAGAGCAGCUCUGGGAUACGCUGCGCCAGCUGCGAGCUGUCAACGUUGACGUCGUUACAUUUGGUCAGUAUAUGCGCCCAACAAAGCGUCAUAUGGCCGUACAUGAAUACGUGACCCCAGAUAAAUUCGAACUCUGGCGCCAGCGUGCUCUCGACAUGGGCUUCCUCUACUGCGCCUCCGGCCCUCUGGUGCGGAGUAGCUACAAAGCUGGAGAGGCUUUUAUCGAGAACGUCCUGAAGAAGAGACGAGCUGGAAAUCCCGAGGGGGCUGUCAGCGAUAACACCAUCUCAGCCGACGAAGCGCGGUAGUUAUUUCCUAUUUCAUUCAUUCAACAUAUAUUGGCGCAUGGUUAGAGCAAUUAUCGGUUUACAUUCUGAGAGAAGAUUCUUUGUCAUUUGAGGCGUCUUGUAAUGGUUCAAAAUAAUUGUAUCAUGGACAUAUGAUGGUAUGGUUCAACACGAGUUCUCCCAAUAACCCCAUAAUAUCAGUAUUAUAGACCUAUACUCCGUAAAUAAGCUGCAAUAAUAGUCUACCUAAGUUUUCCCUUUACCCUCAGUCUAGAUUUAUUACGUCAAAAUAAUUUUGAUCCCCGAUAUUUUGGCAUAGGGUGGUUAGUUUGG